GCUCUUCAUCAUUGGAGCCUCAGAACUGUUUGUCUUGAAGUCAUGUGAAUUUCUCGUUGCUUUGGCUCUUCAUCAUUGGAGCCUCAGAACUGUUUUGAAGUCAUGUGGAUUUCUUGUUAUCUUGACUCUUUGUCGUUUUCAGU